AUGCAUCGUCUUUUUGCUGAGCUGGAGCCAUCUUUAACCGUCACAGAGCAAAACCUGGCAGACCGAGUUCGGUAUAUCUUGCGCUCAAAUAUAUUUGAUGUCGCCGAACUCGAACGGCUACGACGUGAGGCUGUUCCCUCGUCGGAUGAGAAUGCUACGGCUGAGGAUGCGGCGCCACAAAUGGUAGAGCAACCCGCAAACGUGGAUGCCGCCGUGAAUACCCCAGUUGUGGUUGAUUCAAGCGAUGAUGGAACAGUCACCCAGGAACUGGAAUUAGAGCAUAUGAGGAGUACAUUGGAAGAGGCGAUUGUGGAAACGCGCAGUACGCCUCUCGAAAAUCGACCGCGACUUCCCCCGCAUAGCCCUAAGCAAGCGGAAUCGGGCUGUCGUGAGGGCUCUGAACCCAAUGCUGGUGAACUAUUUGGAAGCCAGCCGGGACCUUUGCGAGACGGACUCAAUACUUUUUGGCGCCGCGCUGGCAGUCUGCCGUAUCAUAGGCGCCAAGGUUUCCACGGCUGGACGCGCUACUGGCCAUAG